UUCAUUUCUUCCACUCCCUCUCCUUGCUGCCUACACCCUAUCAACACACAUAGAGGCACGAUAAACUAGUUUAAAAAUGACGGACGAGGGAAGACUGAGUGGGGAGAGUGAUGGGAUAGGAAAAGCAGAGUUCCAAGUGCAAACUCCUAACACAAACCACAGGAGGAGUGAAGCAUUAUCAUCCGGAACAGUUUUAGCCUCGAAAGAGAACUUUGGAUAGAUCGACAACCCAGAGUGAUGGCGGUUUUAAAAAUAAAUGGAAUUAUAAAGAGGGCGAUGGUGAAGACUCUUCUGAGAAUGUAGAAAAAGAUGAGCCUAAUCUGCUGAGUAUGGAUAAUGAAGAGACUGAAACAGAAGAACAGAAGACCAAGGCUCUACAUUCACCAGAAUCUGUUGGUGUUGGUCUCCUGAAAACGUACGCGAGAAGAAACCAAGGAAAAAGCUUUUGUAAAACUUUGAAAGGAAAUGCAACUGGUCUCAACAUGUUAGGGGCUGGCAGGAAACUAAGUGAAAAUGUGUCAGCUGUGACCUCCCUACAAGCAGCAAACAAAGAGGUCGAUAAAAAUCGAAACAAAUACUUAGUCAUUAGUGGUUCUUCAGGUCCAGGAAUAGUUGUUCGUGGAAGACGUUUUCAUUAUGCCAAUGCUCAGUCAAUCGUAAAAACAGCAGCCCAAAGCAACCUUGGCUUAACUGACGAGGGGAAAGAGUAUCCUGCUGAUGUUCAAAGGAUUCCCAUGGACAGUAUUAGUUUAAUGGGAUCCGACAAAAGUGUUGCAGCCUCCACAGAAUUAGAUGAGCAGAUGGAUUCUGUACCGGAUAUUAAGAGGCGAGUUCUGACAAAGCGACUAAAGGAUGACUUGGCAGCAGCAUUGCCAGAAUCAACAAACGUUGAAACAUCAGAGCCUCAGAGUCCAACGCCAGUCGAGGGACCAAACCUCAGCGAAUACUUCAGCAUCUGUAGAAAUUGUGGGAGAAAAAGUGAAGAUCAUACAAACUGUGAAAAUUGCAGGAAGCCAAUCCCGAAGGAUGCCCUGCGGCGACCCAAGCAUGUUCCUGAUUCUGCAUAUACUAUCACACCACAGUUACGCCCCCCUAUUCAUGCAUGUUCUCCAAUGCAACCUGAGGGAGGCUUGGGUGUCAGUACCAAGUUGUUUUAUAAGCCCACUCUUGAUAUAAUAGUGACUCCAGUGACAGCUGCUAAGUUAUAUUCUAACAGGAACAAUCUGUUACAACCUAAUGGAAGAGUGGGCUUGGUGGGACACACAAUUCUAUAUAGAACUAAACAGACGGCAGAUUCCAGGAAACACGUAUUGAAUGAUCCCAUUGUGCUGUCCAGUGAUGAUGAGGAUGACAAUGCCAGUACUGGAAGCAGCAGAAUGGACAGUGUCCAUUCUGUUGGUAAAACUACCGAUGUUGCAAGGACUUCCCCUGUGCCCUCCAGUGGAAUCGUAGAGUCUGCUUCCAAUGACAGUUCUGACGGCAGUGCAGCAGAGCAGAUUUCCAAAAGCACCCUUGCAGAGGUAGAGUCCACAGCAACAUUAUCGAGAAAAGCUAAGAUGAGAGACAAGUUCGGAAAUCCUUUUCCUGAGCCAACGGUCAAAAAAAGAAAAUUUGAAAGCUCUCAGGUGCACGGUGACGCUCCUGGUACACAAGCAGAAACCAGCUGUGAAAGUAUUAUUCUCAAGUGCCGAAGUAUUCGAAUAGGAACCCUACGCAAAGUGGUAUUAGAGCCCGUUAUUUUCUCUCUGGACUUUAUCAAGGUCAACCUGGGAGUGCCUAAAGAAGAAUCGCACAAUGUUGUUUUAGAAGCUUCGGAGCUUAUUAUGUGUGAAUGGUGCAAUUCACGAGCAUUACCAGUAGCUUUUUUGAAGCUAACACCCACUGCUUCCCACAACUUACGAUCUUCAUUCAAAAUGAACAAGGAAAAGGGGGUCUGGUAUGACUCACAGGGGGACAAUGAUAAUGAACGUUAUGUUGUCCUGAUUUUUGAAAGUGCACCGGACAAUAGAGCAAAUGCUAUUUUUGAAAGGAUUUGUAUGGAAAUUGGGAAAAAGAACAAUAUACCGGAUUUUUUUGCCAAAAUUUCAUUUCUAGAAGCAAACCACAGGAUUGAUUUUUUUGCACACAACCUAGAAGAAAAUAACCCAGGAAACAUCUUUUUCAAGGACAAUAAGAUCAUGACAAAAUAUUGUUUGCGGAACACAACGCAUUUAAAUGAUGAUGAUUUAGGAUCAUCGCUUUCGUCUUUCACGGGUCCUAUUGAGAAGUUGAUAGUCUAUCCACCUCCACCAUCUAAGGGAGGCAUUUCUGUGACUAAUGAAGAUCUGUAUUGUCUGAAAGAGGGAGAAUUCCUGAAUGAUGUUAUAAUAGAUUUUUAUUUGAAAUUCUUGGUGCUGGAAAAGAUGAAACAACAGGAUGCGAACAGAAUACAUAUUUUUAGCUCCUUCUUUUAUAAACGUCUAAAUCAAAGAGAACGACGAAACCUUAUGGACCCACCCAACCUGUCGUUACCACAGCGACGGCAUGCAAGAGUGAAAAACUGGACCAGACACGUGGAUCUCUUCCAGAAGGAUUUUGUUUUCGUUCCCAUUAAUGAAACGGCCCAUUGGUUUUUGGCUGUGAUUUGUUUUCCUGGCCUCAAUAUUGAGCCAAAUACAAAUUCCCAGGAAAAUGAAGGAAUGCGGCAUGACAGUCCUGUAGAAGAAGAGAGGAGCAGUCAGCAGCCAUUGUUGCAAGAGGAGGUUGAAGGUUCAUCGGAGAACCCAACUGCUGCAAAUAUCCUAAGCAAGACACCAGACAUAACAGACGAAACACCUGACAUACAUGCUGCCGGCAGCUGUGAGAGCACAGACUUAAAUAAACUUAGCACAAGAAAAACUUGCUUUUCUACAAAUAAACUUCCCAGUGACGUUAGUCAUCCAGAUACAGAAUCGGAAAACGACCAAAAUGCAAGCCAAAAAUCAGAAAAUGGAACUGGCACAGAGAGUAAACCACUAGAUGCCUUAACGAGAAUCCAGAUCAGCUAUACUGACGAACACGAUGAUUCUUUUGACUUCAUGGAAGAUCAAGAGUACAGCCAGGAGGACAAUAAUGAUGCUGGGAGUGUGGCUGAGGAAAGCUCUUCAGAAAGUGUGCCAUGGGGUCAGCGACCUUCUAAACAGCCAUGCAUUCUCAUUAUGGAUUCUUUGCGUGGACCAAGUCGUACAAAUGUGGUUAAAAUACUACGAGAGUACCUUGAAGUAGAAUGGGAAAUGAGGAAAGGUAGGAAAAGAUAUUUCACCAAAGAUGUCAUGAAGGGCUCCAAUCCUCGUGUUCCACAGCAAGACAACUUCAGUGACUGCGGUGUCUAUGUCCUGCAGUAUGUAGAAAGCUUCUUUGAGAAUCCGAUCCCAAGCUUUGAGCUGCCUAUGAACUUGAUGGAAUGGUUUCCUCAGCAGCGAGUUAAAAAAAAGCGAGAAGAAAUACGCAACAUUAUUUUCAAACUAUGCGAGGAACAAAAUCAGGAGAAGAAAGGGCAGGAGCUCAAAGCAGCGGAAGCACCUUCGUGAGCCAUGCCCGCCCAAGGCAGCAGCUUCUUUGGCAGAAGUGCCCGUCAUUGUGUUCGGAUUCUGUUGCACCCAAUGCAAAAUGACUUGGAUUUAUCCUGGUGUACUUUUCCAUAGAGGGAUAAAAUACACUGCGCUGCUGCUCCUUCAGAACAUUGAUGCACACUUUCCUUCAUUCAUUCUACAGGCACCUAAAAUGAAUGUUUAUGUACCGUUAUAAAUAUAAAACUAUGUACAUAUGUUCAUAACAAAUUUUGCAGCAUUUGUGAUUUUCACUGUUUUGGUUAGUGAGCAUUUUGGUAUGUAUUUUUGUUAAAAGUAAUUAGAUAGCUUAUUAUAAGUAUGGUCAGAUUAAAAGCCCUUCUAGUAUAAAAUGGACUGGACAAGUUUUUUUUUGAAAAAAACAGGAGCAUAAGGAGUUGCACAUCACUCAGCCUGUUUGUGAGAGUGUUCAAAGUGGUUGCACAAAGUGGUUAUGGUCAGACAACGAGUUAGCUGACUUUCCAACUCUCCCAAAAACUAUUUGAAGGGAGUUAUGGAUACACCUGUAUCUGAUCCAAGAGUAUAGUUCAAUUAAGCAUUUCCAUUCAAUUGCACUACCUAGAUUGGCUCCAGGCUUAACAUUUCCCAGCAAAUCGUAUUUAUCUGGAUUACACUGUACUAAUGUGAUAAACCAGUAGCAUCUCUCACAAGCACUGGUAUCUUAGUGAGUACUAGUGCAGAUCUUUGAACCAUGCCCUGUAUAUUAGAGGCUUUCCUGUACCAAUAGUGCUCUAAUUUUUAGAAUUAAAUUAUUUUCUCCAGUUUUAAUAAGGUACAGAUUUAAAUCAAACCAGUGCCUUCAUUUAAAAAUCCUGAUGUAUUUAUUUCCUGGGUGAUAGGUGUUCUGAAAUUACACGUCAGAAACAUUUUGAUUCUUUUAAGUGCAAUUAAGCCAGAUUGCAGUCAAUGUUUCCUCAGCAGACGGUUUGACAUUGCAUUUGUGUCAUUUGCUUUUACUUUUAAGGCAGUAAGCUGACGUAGGGUUCCGGUUUCCCAUGGAAUCCGUGCUUCUAGUGUCGCGUUCAGUUUAAUGCUGGAGUUCAAGCUGAUGUGAAUAAAAGUGACUAUCAAAA